AUGGCACCAGCAGCUGCAGCAGCCACAAGCAUGCACCAUGCCCAGUGGAAUGCCCAUUUUGGGCAUCCUCUGCCCAAGAACGUUCCGAGGAAGUUCAUGAAGAAACCACCAAAGGUUGUCCAACCAGCAAGCUGUGAAGUGUGUAAGAUCCAGUGCGAUACUCUAGAAGUUCUCAUGAUCCAUAAAACGGGUAAGAAGCACAAGAAGAAUCUGGAGAAGUUACAAGACUCCAUCACGCCUAAACCAUCAAAGCCUCUGAACAAUGCUGUUGAAACAAAUACAGCACCUGCUGCUGCCUCUGAUGGUGUGAUGCCAGUGGUACAGGCAAAGAAGAACAAGAGCUCCCCAGCAAGCGCAGAAGACCUGGAGGUGAAGAAGAGGCGAGUGCUUGAAGCUGGAGCAGCUCAAGGUGAAGUGAAAAUCUGCACAGCGUGCAAUGUCGUCGUCAACAGCCAGAAGCUUUACGAGUUCCACAUACUUGGGCAUAAGCACAAGGCCAAUGUACAGAAGCAGCAGCAGGUGGCGCAGGAACAUCAUUUAGCCUGA